ACGAGUCACUGUUUCUGUACAUAUCUACCAAAAACUGAAUGAAUGAGUAAUGACUGUUAGUUGAUUCUGACACUUCUCACCCAAAAAGAUUCAAUCUUUAUCUGAUUUCUCACAAAUCUGAACCCAACCCAUUUCAUUUUACUCCCAAUUCUUGUCAUUUACCCUGUUUUUGCUGUUUUUUUCUCGGAAUUUGAGCUCAGAUUAGUGUCAUUAUUAGUGUUGGACGUUAUUACUCAUCUGGAUUGUGAGUAUAUGAUUAGGUUCAAACAGCGGUGAAUUCGUGGAGGUUAAUCUUCUAAUGGACUUCAGAACCUUGUUGUUAAUCUUUUUGGCACUAUGCCCUGCACUUUCAGCACAAACAGUUAAAGAAAUAGUACUUACGAUUGAUGCAUCUACGAAAGUUGCCUGGACAGAUGCUAAUUACAUUGGUGCUACCAUUGAUUGGUGGCCUAAGGAGAAGUGUAACUACAAUCAAUGUCCUUGGGGUUCAGCAUCUAUUAUAAACCUGGAUUUAACUCAUCCAUAUCUGGAGAAUGCUAUACGAGCUUUCAAGGGUUUGAGAUUACGGCUUGGAGGUUCUUUACAAGACCAAGUAAUAUAUGGCGUAGGGAACUUGAAAUCUCCUUGCAGUUCAUUCACCCAGCAGAAGGAUGGGUUGUUUGGAUUCUCUAAGGGAUGCUUACCUAUGCAGAGAUGGGAUGAGCUAAAUAACCUUUUCAAGAAGACAGGAGCACUUGUGACUUUUGGCUUGAAUGCACUGUAUGGGAGACAACCGACAGAUAGGCACGCGUGGGUAGGAAAUUGGGAUUCCAGCAAUGCCCUUGAUUUCAUAAAAUACACUGUUGCCAAGGGCUACCAGAUAAACUCAUGGGAAUUUGGAAAUGAAUUGAGUGGUAGCGGGAUUGGUGCAAGUGUUGAUGCUGCACAGUAUGGAAAAGAUGUUAUCCAGCUGCACAAUCUCUUAAACCAAGUAUAUCAGAACACCCCCGUACGUCCUCUACUAUUAGCACCAGGAGGAUUCUAUGAUCCUGGGUGGUUCGGCAAGCUCCUUCAGGUUUCAGGGCGUGGCACUGUCAAUGUCUUGACACAUCAUAUUUAUAAUCUUGGUCCGGGGUCCGAUAGCAAGCUAGUGGAUAAAAUUUUAAAUCCUGAAUACCUGAGUAGAACAGAAGGCACAUUCAGCAGUCUUACUCAAACCAUUCUAAGAAAUGGUCCUUGGGCUUCAGCUUGGGUUGGAGAAUCUGGUGGAGCCUUCAACAGUGGAGGUCCUGAUGUGUCUAACGCCUUUGUAGAUAGCUUUUGGUACUUAGAUCAGCUUGGGAUGGCAGCCAAGCACCAUACUAAAGUAUACUGCAGACAGACGCUUAUAGGUGGAAAUUAUGGGCUCCUUGAUACCGAUACGUUUGUUCCAAAUCCUGAUUAUUAUAGUGCACUUCUUUGGAAUAGACUGAUGGGAAAAGUAGUUCUUCGUGUUGUCAACAGUGCAGCACCACAUUUGCGCACUUAUGCCCAUUGUACAAAAGAUAGAGCAGGUGUGACUUUACUUCUGAUAAAUUUAAGCACCCAGAUUCAGUACAAGGUCAACAUCCACUCUACUGCAGAAACCAGCUUGCAAGUUGGUGAGAAAAAGGUUCACAACAAGAAAUCAUUCGCGCGCAGUAUUAAAGAAAGUGUGUCAUGGGUAGGAACCAAGUCAUCAGAUGUUACAUUAUCGCGAGAAGAGUACCAUCUAACACCAGAAGGUGGCAACAUUAAAAGCAGAACAAUGCUCCUCAACGGGAAAUUAUUGCGACUCACAGAAACAGGAGACAUUCCAAGCUUGUCUCCAGUCCUUGCAAAUCUUAACUCUCCAAUAUCUAUUGAACCAUUGUCCAUCAAGUUCAUUGUUUUCCCCAAUUUUAAUUCUCCCAGUUGUAGAUAGGUAUUAUUGAGAGCUUCAAUACAAAUAUAAAUGUGG